AUGCUCUGGAAGAUCCCUACAAAUAUUCAAUUAGCAGCAGAAGAUUGUUGUUCGACUAUAUACCCAGUGAGAAUCGCAUUAGUUAGGAAAUCGAUACCUUCUUCAGCGGUGCCACCGGUUAGUAGGAAACAAAACAGACUCUCAAAACUCUACAGUAGCAUCGUAAGGAAAAGCAAUUUAUUUACUAAGAGAAUGACAAACAGGAAGCAAGCCAGAGAAUCAAACGCUUCCUCGCCACCAAGUGCAAUCAGUUCAGUAGACACCAGUUUGUCGCCAUUCGCUUGCAAUUCUAUCCUGAGCCAUUGGGAUGUAACGCUACGUAGCACUCCCAGUGUGAUAAUUAAAUCAGAUUCAGCUAGCGAAAUUGAGACCAUAAGGUUAAACUCAUGGAAUACAAGGGCAUCAAACUCCACCAGAGGGCAUUCUAUUUCCCCACCUUUACCUGCAUCAGACUCCUGGUUACACAUGAGCUUCACGCAGAGUGCAGAAAUUGGGGAUUCCCUUGUGCAUGAUAACUAUUUCCAAGUAUCUUCGGAAAUCGAACAAUGA